CGUGCCUCGCCCAAACCGCACUGCACUCCGCUCUUGCUUUGAUACCCGAACUUCCCGCCAUCAACGCCUGCACUUUCCACGCAACUUUAGGGCGCUCUCCCUUAGAAACUUGGGCAUCAAACUUUCUCCCCAUUACUACCCACCCAAAUAUAACCAUUGGUUUGUGCAGAAACGUCCCCUUCCCAGCCCAGCAUUCGUCUUUGGCCUUCUCCUAAAUCGAGCACACUUAGCUCUAGGGCAUCGGGGUUGCAUAUAGAGCUCUAACGAACGAAUGAAUCAUGAGCCAGUUUGUUUCCUUGCCCGGCCCCGCGUGCCCUCCUGCGACCACAGGGGGUAUUGCGGCCGUUGACCUCCUCACCAUUGACGCCAAAGGCUUACAGUCACGGUUGGCGGAUGGAGAGUUCACAAGCCUAGACCUUGCCAGGAAGUGCCUCACUCAGAUCCAGAAACAUGAUGGCCACCUUCAUGCCAUGAUCAAGACGACGCCAAUCCGGAUUCUGGAAGAAACUGCUAGCUCGCUCGACCGGGAACGGGCGGACGGGAUAGUGCGAGGGCCACUGCAUGGAAUCCCGAUUCUUGUCAAGGAUGUUGUCGAUACCCCAACCUUAGGACUCCCGACAACUGCCGGAAGCUUUGCUCUGCUGAGCUCCAAGGCUCGAAAGGAUGCCAAAAUCAUUGACCGGCUCAUCCCCGCGGGGCUUAUCAUCCUGGGCAAGACUAACUUGAGCUUCUGCAAUUCUCGCGGAUCGGAUAUGCCAAGCGGCUGGUCGGCGGUCGGCGGACAGGUCCAGUCAGCGUACAUCGUGGGCGGUGUCGACCCGACUGAUUCUAAGGACGGCCACUCGAGUCCCUCCGGAUCGUCCUCCGGCUCCGCGGUAGGAGUAUCUGCCGGGUACGCGCCCCUCGCGAUCGGCACCGAAACGGACGCGUCACUUGUCUGCCCUGCUGGCAGAGCCGCUCUGUACACGAUCAAGCCGACGAUUGGUCUUGUCUCACAAGAGGGCAUCAUGCCCAUAUCGCACCAUUUCGACACGGCAGGGCCGAUGACGAAGUCGGUUCACGACCUGGCGGCUUUGUUGGAUGUUCUCGCUGCGGGACCGCGCUCCGAGUCAUUCACUGCGAGCCUGACUGGCUCUUGGUCGGAUAUCUCGGUUGCUGUUCUCGAUCCGGAGGAGUGGAAGUUCCCUGAGGAUUGGGUGAAGCCUGUUGAAGGGGCGGAGGCUCAGAUCAACCGAGAGAUUCGUCGGGCAUACGACGUCAUCAAGUCCAAGGCGAAGAUGUUCGUCAACAACGUCGACCUUGUCUCUGUCGACGAACUCGCACUCGACGGAGAGAGUAGCGAGGGCAUAGUGAUGAUGGUUGACCUGAAAAGAAACCUCAACACUUACCUUGCCAACUUCGAGGAAAGCGAGGUGCGGUCUCUGUUGGAUGUGAUAAACUACAACCUCAAGCACGCCGACAAGGAGCUUCCGCCACAUCAUCCAAGGCAGGACCGCUUCAUCGACUCACAGAACCAUACCAUAUCGCCAGAAGUGUAUGAACGGCACUUACAGCAUCUCCGUCAUGUAGCGAGAGACCGCGGGGUAGAGCGUGUUCUUGACACAUACGGCGUCGACGUCGUUCUCGGUCCGACGGACAGCGGCCUCACGUCCAUGGCCGCAGCCGGAGGAUACCCUCUUUGCGCAAUGCCGUUGUCCUACUUGGAUUACAAUGGACGGCCGUUUGGGGUCUCAGCUAUCGCGGGACGGGGCCGUGAUGAUCUCCUGGUUAAGGUCAUGAGUGCGUGGGAGGCGACAUUCCCGGGUCGCAAGCCGCCGCCAGCUUUAGUUUAAGCAGCUGUCAUCAGCCUGGUUAUGCAUUGGCCUUGGAUCUGAGAUAAAUAAGUUCACUUAGGUAUUCAAGGGGUUAUACAAUCACAGUGUCAUAGCUCCAACCAGCUUAUCGUUUCCGGUCCGGCGCCAGCGACCCACUGGGAAUUCAAAAUCAUUGAUGACUGGGGGGAUAAAUAGCAAAGAUUAGCUGCCUUAAUUAGUUACCGCACGAACCCAUAUAACCCAACAAGUGGCAUCCCUCACUAACUCUGAACUACGUCGGAUGUUACUGAUGCGUUCAACUCGAGGCAGCCCCCAUCAAAUCAUCUAAAGGGCGUUUCUGGGUUCUAGAGCUGGCACUCACUAGGUCCUCAACCACCCACCCACAUGACCCA